UGGACAUGCUGCGGGUCGUUCGCUUCCUCUCUCUGCUGCUGGUGCCCCUGCUGCUGGGCUCUGCGCGCGGCUUGCGCGCGGAGCUGACCUGGAAACCUGCUUGGCCACUGUCCUUUCUAAGGAACUCGCCUUCCAGAGCCUGCCCGCACAGAACUGGCAGGGGACCCUCUUAGGAGCAGAGAAAAUGGCGAUCUUCAGGCAGCUGUCCUUGGGCAUGAAGGCCGCCCUGGCUGCUGGCACUGUCCUCGUGUCCAUCAUUGUCUCCCGCUCUUAUUUGGCUGGGAGCCUUGAGCUCGGGGCCUGGCGUUGUCUGUUCCGCCUGCAGCUUGCCCUGUUUGCCAACUCGCUCAUGCUUAUAGGCUCCCUCUACAUCUGGCGUAGCACGGUCAGCAACCUGAGCCAUUCCCCAGCCACAGAGUCGGUCUGUUUUAAGCUUUGGAAGAUGGCUGUUGUGACAUUUCUGGCCCUGGCCCAUUCCAGUUUCUUCACCAUGCUCUUUUUAGUGGCCGAGGAGCCCUAUCUCUUUUCCUUGGCAGCCUACUCCUGCCUCGGGGCGUACAUCAUCAUGCUCUUCUUCCUGUGUACCCUCAGCGGCAUGGAGCAGGCCUUUCAGUUCCUGGCCUGGCGCAGUGGUCGGGUCGUGGGUAGCCUUGACAAGACAAGGAAGCUGGCCCUCAGGCCGGCCCUGGCAGUGGUGGUGACUGCUGUGCUCAGCGUAGUCGGGCUUCUGAACGCUGCCCAGCCCCCGGCGGUGAAAACCGUGGAGGUGCCCAUCCAUCAGCUGCCCCCCUCUAUGGACAACCUCAAGAUAGCACUCCUCUCAGACAUUCACUUGGGCCCCACAGUGGGCAGGACCAAGAUGGAGAUGUUCGUGAGGAUGGUGAACGUGCUGGAACCAGAUGUCACGGUGAUCGUGGGUGACCUCUGUGAUUCAGAAGCCUCGACCCUCCGGAUGGCUGUCGCUCCUUUGGGCCAGCUUCAUUCGCGCCUCGGCACCUACUUCGUCACAGGCAAUCACGAGUACUACACGUCAGAUGUCAGCAACUGGUUUGCGCUGCUGGAAUCCCUGGAUGUCAAGCCCCUUCACAAUGAGAACGUGAAGAUUUCUGGCACACGGGCCCAGCGUGGUGGUGGUGAGGAUGGCGACUGGAUCUGCUUGGCUGGGGUGGAUGAUAUUGAAGCAGACAGCCUGCACUACUCUGGCCAUGGCAUGGAUCUCGAGAAGGCCCUGGGAGGCUGCAGCCCAGACCACACCACCAUCUUGCUAGCUCACCAGCCCCUGGCUGCCAAGAGAGCCCUUCAAGCUCGGCCAGAUAUUAACUUGAUCCUUUCUGGGCACACACAUGCUGGGCAAAUCUUCCCCUUGAACGUCGCGGCCUAUUUCCUGAACCCCUUCUUUGCUGGUCUCUACCAAGUGGCCCAGACUACAUUUGUAUAUGUCAGCCCAGGCACGGCCUAUUAUGGGAUACCCAUGAGAUUGGGUAGCAGGGCAGAGAUUACGGAGCUCAUCCUGCGGCGAGCUCCCUGAACCCGGCCCUGACCCCCAUAUGCCUCUUAAUUGCCCUUGACCUUCCCUCUCUGUCCCUUAGAAGCAGAGCAGGUUGCCUGCUUCACCCACUCCAGCCUCUCCUGCCCAGCCCUGCCAAUACACGCUUGUCACAAGCCUGGCUUGAACAGUGAUUUGUGGUGGGGCUGCCUGGCAGGUUCAGGCAGGUUAACUCUGUAAAUGGCCAGUUGCUUUUUUAAAUACAUUUGUGAGGCCACUAAAGUCACACAUGUAAGAACAGACAUCUAUUUUCCA